UCAUAAUAACGCAGCACUAUGAUGCACAUUGUGGACUUGAGUUAGCUACAAAAAUCAAAUAUUGGGAAUUCACCAGCAGCUUGUCUGCACUGGGAAGAAGAAAAAUCAAUCUCACGGAUGAUGGCAGAACACGGAACGCCCUGCGAUGGGUGGGAGGCUACUUAUUGCAUGAACGGGGGGACAUGCUACAAAAUCGCCUCGAUGGACACGCUCUCCUGUGUGUGCAAUGACAACUACAAAGGGAGCAGAUGUGAGCAGUUCCAACUCCUCCUCAGAUCCUCCAAAGCUGAGCAGGCUGGUUUAAUCGCAGCGCUGGUCAUAGUGGCCCUCCUCAUCUUAAUGGUCUUGGCUGUUAUCAUCUUCUUCACACAUAGGAUGCUGAAAGCCAGAAACCAGAACCGACAGAGUCAGCAAGCGUAUUGGAAAAUACAACCGAGAGUAUGACGAUCGCUUCGAGUGAAGUAUUUCUGAGUGAUUAAGACGGGGAGAAACCACAUGGCAUCAAAUUUAGUUUUCCACAAUAAGAUGAAGUCACAAUCGUUGUGGAAAUACAGCUGGAGCUCGCCAUUUUGGUGUUAUAGAGGAACUCUAGAAGUCCAACAGACUAUGUUCCAGCAUGUUGGUCCAAUUUGUUCUAAUUUCGUUUCGGAAUCACCCCCUUGUCAAAAAUCCGUUACUAACUGCAGAAGCCAUGUUUGUAGUAACAUUGCUAGGCGUCAGAAAAGUCCACAAUGAAGUUCACUGUAAAAUAGAAAAAAAUAUUAACUUUGAUGAUGAGGGACAGGUGGCAAGCAGCUCACUUUUGUGUACUUUCUGUUCUUCUCGUUUGAAUUUAAUUGUCGCUUCCGUCGUCUUUUAGCGAGCACUCAGGACAGAGUACAGUCACAUUUUCAGUUCUAUGGUCGCCAUUGUAAAACUGUUUAUGUGACCUAACGCAUGAUCUCGUUUCAUUGUACUAUUAGUGAAGUUAAUUAUAUUUAUACAACGCUUUUUCUCCGACGACUCAAAGCGAUUUACAUUGAAGCUAUAUCCACACCAGUGUGGGUGGCACUGGGAGCAAGGCGGGUGAAGUGUUUUGGCCAAGGACACAACAGCAGUGAUGGCGGAAGCUGGAUUCGAACCAGGAAAUCCGACCACUCUACCAUCUGAGCCACGCCCCACACAUCACAUUUCAAUCUAUGGCUGUGCAUGUACAAUACCUGUUUGAACAUUAAACUAAAAUAUCAACCUCCUGUGUCGAAUGAUGGGUAAACGUUUGAUUUUGUAAAUACAAGCAAUGAAACAAACCUACUAAAUGAUUUGAAUUCCGAACAUUUUGACUGUGUUAUUUGUUUGGAUCCACACAAGACAUACCCAUUGGUGAAUACACUCCUUACAAUGAUGGAUGCCUCCUACUGCACAGUUUGUGUUGGUAGGUUAGACUUGUCUGGUGGUGAGCACCAUCUAGUGGUCUCUACUUGAAACAACCAUUACUGUCUGACCUGUAACAUUUUAAACCGAAAGUUGGACUGACAUGUAAAAGUUGGACAAGAAAGCCAUAAUGGAGACUCGUUCGAUUGCGUCGAGUGUUUAAGAGAGCAUUAGAAACAGGUUGACCUGCAUUGUGUGUUCGGCUUUGAAUGAAUGAAUGGGUUAUACUUGUGUAGCGCUUUUCUACCUUCAAGGUACUCAAAGCGCUUUGACACUAUUUCCACAUUCACCCGUUCACACACACAUCCACACACUGAUGGAGGGAGCUGCCAUGCAAGGCCCUAACCACGACCCAUCAGGAGCAAGGGUGAAGUGUCUUGCUCAAGGACACAACGGACGUGACGAGGUUGGUAGAAGGUGGGGAUCGAAACCAGGAGACCUCAAGGUUGCUGGCACGGCCACUCUCCCAACCGCGCCAUGCCGUCCCCAUUUCUAAUAGAACACUUUUAAAUUUGGUCUAAUGUCAACCGAGUGAAUAUCUAAAGCAUUGAGCAAUCACAGUCGUACAUUUCAAAAAGGUAUGUAAUAAAAGAAAUAAGGUUAGUCCAGUCCCAGUCCCCAAGAGGACAGUCAUAAAAUACUUCAAGUCAGUGAUGUGUCGUCAGGGCCAGCAAGAUCUUCUCUGCUGGACCUAACAUAACCAGAAAUCAUCAUAAUAAUUAAAGAUAAAAGUCAUUUUUAAUGGACUU